GCCUAGGUGGCGUGGUGAGUGUGGGGGACUGCCUAUGUGAGCAUGCUCAUGCUCUGAGUGCUCGGCCCUGGCUGUCUUGGAACUCUGCAGCCUGGCAUCUCGUACAAUCCAACUGAGAAGGGCUCAACCAUGGUGCGUAGCAGUGGGUUGUAUGGCUAUAGGCCAAGGUGCAUCCAGUUUCUUCGGAGGUGGGAGCAGAUGUCAGGAGAAGGGCCUACAGUGACGGCUGUACUGGACAACAACUACGGUAGGCAGGAUGUGAAGCUGAAGGUAAACGUAGAAGGGAGAAAAGAGGAGGAAAUGAGGGCGGACCAGGGACUGCAGGCGGCCAUUACGGAGGCCGAGGACCGCGUCGAGAGAAGAUGCAGGAGGGACGGGGUCACUGACGAGGUAAAGGUGACCAUAUCUUACCUGGAGGCGAAGACUUCAAACGAUACGGUGGAACGGGGGCAGAGGCAUCUGGACCGCGAUACAAAGGCUGAGAGUGAGGCGAGCGACCUGAACGAGGAGACCCAGUCCUGGCACGAACUGGACCAGUGGAGGCGAGACCACCCGGCAGUUGAGCCAGUGGAGAGCGGUCUGGAGGCCAACUCGCAACGAAGACGUGACUAAGGGUGCUGGGCAGUUGCACGAGAGAAGUGUAUGAGAAAAAGGGGGACCGCUCUUCAAGAGAAGACAGAGAACCCAUACCGAGA